AUGGCUUCGACCAAAGCAGCAGCCACUUUAACAACCAACGGCGCCUCUUCAGCUGCUCCAGGGAAUUCAAAUGUAGCAAAUGCAGCUGCUGCUGCUGGAGCAGCUAACAAUGGGACAGGAAGCGACGGAGCAGCAGAAGCUGCAGCUCCUUCACCGGAGGACGAAAACACGAUCAAAAUCACUCUUAUCAGCCACGUCGGUCAACUAUGGCAAACAGUGGUACCCCACGUAAUAACCGUAGAAACACUACGAAGUAUGGCAGUCGCCCAUUUCAAUGCAGACCCAUCGGUAUCAUACAGAUUACUCCUGGUAAGAACUCGUAAACCCUUGCGCGAGUCCAGAUCUCUCGAGCAAGAAGGAGUGCUCGACGGAGACGAAGCGCUGAUGAACGUGUCCCGCGAAGAAGUGGUUAGGACUGCGGACUCUCAGAGGGGUCCUCAGGAGCAGGAGAUUGCACAGGCUACUGCUCAUAUACAGAGUAACCAGCCCAAGCCUCCCCUGGCAGCCAACAUCGAAGAAAUGGUGGCAACGAGCGAACUGCAGCUGGAAAUGCGCAAAAUUCUAAUAUCCUUGGCAGAACAUUCGGCAAGGGCCCUAUCAGCAGGCCCAUCGGCUGCACGAGUGGCCAGAAUGUUGUGCCAGAGACUGAGUUCAUCUCGAAGACCAGAUCCGAGAUCUUUGCAAGGGCUUGUUGAUAUGGGAUUUAGUGCACCAGCUGCCACCAGGGCUUUAAGGCAACAUAACGGUGAUGCUGCCUUGGCUUUGGAGGCUUUACUCGGGGAACAGGGUCAGACAUCAACAACAACUACAGAUGCUUCAGCACCAGCAGCUACAGAUACAGCAACAGCUACACAGGAUGCAGCAGCAACUACGACAACCGGAGGAGUGAGUCCAAGAGACGACGAUGUCGACUCGUUGGAUGAGGAAGCUAAGAAGUUGUACUCGGAGGAAGCUUUGUCCAAACUAAAACCAGUAGACUAUUGUGGUCUCUUGUUGGCGCUGGUUAGAGGACAUGCCUCAAGGGAUUUUCAACCGCAUGCUGCACACAUGAGGGAACUGAUUGCUAUGGGAUUUCCAGAGAGGGAUUGUGAAGAGGCACUUAGAGUUACUGGUAACAAUCACCCAGCAGCCUGCGAAUGGCUGGUUGGCGGACGCACCAGAAGCCUCUACGAACUACGAGAAGGCCUAAGUCCAGAAUCACCAGUUUUGGCAGCCUUGAUGGAAUCACCACAAGUUCAAUUGAGCCUAUCGAAUCCCAAAAUGCUGCUGGCCUAUUUAUCGAUGCUGGACAGCCAUGCAGCCCUUAAUAUGUGGCUGAACGAUCCGGAAGCCUCGCCGAUUUUGUCCCAUAUUUUGAGGACCUACCAUGCGGAAAAACACGCUUUGGCUGUGAACCAAUUUAGUGCGGAACAAAAUUCAUGA